AUGAAUGAGAGAUUCAAUCAACACAGCCCUGGAGUUACUCUUGAGCAAGUCGCCAUUCAUGAUCCAGAUGAAACAGAGUAUAGAUACGUUCUUGGUCAAAAUAUUUACCGAAAAGGAAGGCACAGUCUCAAGUUGAAAUUGGAGAUGUUUAAAGACACUUUUUGGAUGUUUGUUGGCAUUCUGAAAGAGAAUGUUGUUGCACAACCGGAUAGCAUGUCACAUGGAUGGCCUGGUUCAUAUGGAUGGGGACUCGGGAAGGGUGGUGCAAAAUGGGAAAAUGGUGUAUCAACGGAUGAGAAUGGUUUACACGAUGUCUUACAAGGCGACGUGGUUAAGUUAGUCUUGGAUUGCGAUGCUGCCAACUUGUCACUAUUACAUUUGCGCACUAAUCAACAAUUUCACAUCGAAAUACCCAAGUCCCAAACCUGGAGACUCCACGUAAAUUUGUUCAACAAAGAUGACAAGAUAUGUCUUGUCAAUGAAUAA